AUGCUCUUGGGAUUCUCCUGGCUGCGAGCGGGGACCGAAGGAACGCAUUCAUCCAGUGAAGAAUAUGAAACAACAGUACCCGAUCCACCUACAUUUGCUGCAAUUGAACCAUACUUAAAAUCUCCGCGACCGGUAUUACAGUCACCCAGUGAGACAACAAUGAGGACAAGUCAAUCUUCUGAACGGGUUAUAUCUCCCACGACCUUGUCAACAUCGGAUUCAGCUAAUCAUCCACCAGGUUUUAUGAUUAACUCAAUGACAGCUACUGUUCAAAACCAGCAAUCAUCAUUAUUACAACGUGAACGAAAUGACGACAGUUUAUCUGAUAAUGUCAAUGAUAUAUCUCCAUCAACUCAAUUGUCACUCGUUGAUGUUCGAUUCCAAUUGGCGCAUGAAAAAAGUCGUCGUGAUACAUUUAAAAAAUAUAACUUAGAAACAUUUGUUGACGUGCCUAUUGAAUGUUUGGCUUAUUGCGGUUUUUAUUUAAAUGGUGAAGGUACUGCAUUACUAUGUCCAUGUUGUGAAGUGAGAUUGACAGUAAAUGAGUUUAAAUAUCAUAUGGAACAUGGUGCUGAAGGUUCAGAUAGUGAACCAUGGACACCAAUGCGCGUUCAUCGUCAUGCUAGUGGACAAUUAAUUGAUCAAACUCGUCCAUGGUGUACACUACACCCCCCCCGCCGGGGGGGGGGGGGGGGGGGGGGGGGGGGGGGGGGGGGGGGGGGGGGGGGGGGGGGGGGGGGGGGGG